AAAUCUUACGCAUUUAAAGAUGGAGAUAUCAUUCUUGGUGGGUUAUUUCCAAUUCAUGAAUUUCUAUCUGAUCAAAAUUGCGGUAAUAUAAGAGAAACAGAAAUUUCAUUACAAUUAAUGCAUGCCAUGAUCUACGCUGUUCAAUCUAUCAAUAACAGAAAGGAUCUAUUACCAGGUAUACAGUUAGGAUUUCAAAUUCGCGAUUCCUGUUCUCGUGACACCAUUGCAUUAAAAGAAUCUCUACUAAUGCUAACUCGCCCUGAUUCUAAUUUCAAUACCAGCCUCGCUAGUCAGUAUAAGAUAUUACCAAGUUGUGCUAACAAUAAUUCACGAAAAUAUAAUAAUGCUUCACAAAAACGCAUUGUUGGCGUUAUCGGACCGGGCAGUAGUCGUGAAUCAGUUCUUGUUUCUGAUUUAUUAAAUAUCUUUCGUAUACCACAAAUCAGUUACAGUUCGACUAGUGAUGACUUGAGUGAGAAAGAGAGAUAUAAAUAUUUCCUUCGUACUGUUCCUCGUGAUUAUCUACAAGUCCGUGCAAUGAUUGAUCUAUGCUUACACUAUAAUUGGUCUUAUGUUCAAUUCGUCUAUUCUGAAGGCAGUUAUGGUGAAAAUGGAUUUAAAAAUUUUCGUUCACAAAUUACUACUCUCAAUCUAUGUAUCGCUGCUGAAUAUGAACUAGCUCAAUCGGCGCCUACACAUCGCUACGAUACAGUAAUGAGUAGUAUACUUAGCAAAAGUAAUAAGGCUAAAGUUGUAAUUUUAUUCUGUAAUUGGGGCGAAAUGGCAAAAUUAUUUGAAGCUGCCGAUCGUGCUAAUGCUGCUGGUAGGAUAAUAUUUAUAGGUAGUGACGAUUGGACUACUAAUACUUAUUAUAUGAAUAGUAGUAAUUAUGUCGCAGAAGGAUCUCUUUAUUUUCAACUUCAUGGCGAGUAUGUUAGAGAUUUCGAUCGUUAUUUUACUCAAUUAACGCCGUAUAAUGUGGAUCGAAUACAAGAUCCAUGGUUUAACGAAUCUUGGCAAGCUAAUUUCAAUUGCAAUCUUCCACCAGCGACAGAAAAUAUAUGUGACAAAAGUUUACGAUGGACUAAUGUAACGGGUGGAUUUACUCAAGGUCGUAAAAUAAUUUAUGUUAUUAAUGGUGUGUAUGCAUAUGCACAUGCUCUUCAUAAUAUGCAUAAAGAAUUAUGUAAAGGAAAAUCAGGUUUAUGUUCAGCAAUGCAAUCGAUUGAUGGUCAUUUAUUAUUCAAGUAUUUGUUGAGAGUAAGUUUCAUGGAUAUUGCUAACAGCAGUCAUGUAGAAUUCGAUAAUCAAGGAGAUAUUAAAAAUGGGGGUUACGAUAUUGACAAUUUACAAAAAGUAAAUAAAAGUUACAUUUCAAGAAUAGUUGGUAUAUGGUUGUCAGAUGAUUUAUCAUUAAGAAAAGAUACAAUUCAAUGGUCAAUUGGUAAUUCAAGUCAUAUUUUAGAAUCGGAAUGUAGUCAGCCAUGUCAGGAAGGACUAUUUAAGAUUAUUAAGGAAGAAAUUUGCUGUUGGGUGUGUACUAGCUGCAUUAGCAAGCAGUAUUUUAAUUAUAGUUUAAGUCAAUGCGUUGACUGCCCCAUAAAUUACUGGCCGCAUCCUAACCGAACAUUUUGUAUUCCAGUUGAUAUAACUCAUAUCAAUCUCCGUGAUGGUAUUUCCGUCAUUUUAAUCAUUUUCAGCAUUAUUGGGAUGACAUUUGUUGCCUACCUCUUUUAUGUUUAUCGAAAAUUUAACAACCACCCCACAAUCAAAGCAUCAGGACGAGAGCUAUGCUACUGUAUCAUGUGUAGUUCUAUCGUUAUCUCCAUUAAUUGUAUAACCCCUAUUCCAAAGCCAACUAUUUCUCUAUGUGUUUGGUAUCGUGUAGCGACUGGUUUAAGCUUUUCGUUAUGCUAUGGCUCAUUAUUAGUUAAGACAACUCGAAUCUAUCGCAUUUUUCGUCAUAGCAAACAGAGCCUAAAAAGGCCAUCCUUUACCAGUCCAAAAUCGCAAAUUUUGUUCGUGUCGACAAUUGUAAUUAUACGCUUACUCGUUGUUAUUACUUGGGUAGGAUUAGAACCUCCUGCAAUCCAGCGUGAAUACUACGAUUAUGGCAAAGAAAUUCACUUAAAGUGUAAGCAUGCAACAACAGAUAUGAUCAUAUCAACCUCUAUUGAUGGCACCUUGAUUGUUUUAUGUACUGUAUUUGCAUUCUUAACUCGACAUCUUCCUGAAAAUUAUAAUGAAGCGAGAUUUAUCAAUUUCUCGAUGUUUGCCGUUAUUAUCGUUUGGUUGGCAUUUAUUUCGGCUUAUUUUACAUUUAAAGUUAAUUUACAACCAGUCAUGCUUGCCAUUACUGGUUAUAUUUCGGUUAUGGCAACCUUACUAUUUGUUUUUGUACCUAAAUUAUAUGAAAUAUUC